UCAGAUUGAUUGGAAAGAGUUCCAAGAUGGACUUCUCCUGACGUAAAAAAUCUAUAACUUCAAACAGUCGAUAUUGUUCCUUAUCUUCUAGACAGCCCCGCAACUGCAUACAUUUAUUACACAAUCGGUGCAAAGUACCGACUACUCAUCCUCAUUGUUCAUUUAGAAAGAUGUCUUCGUCUUUGGAGGUGAAGAGACAGACGGCCAUUCUAGAGCAGCUAGAAGCUCUAGCUGUGCAUUCGUUGAGGAACUGCAGCGGCGUGGCGUUGGACACAAAAAGCAAUAUUGACGAAACUGUCACAUGGGCCAAAGGCUUUUUGGAUGACAGCCCAGUAGAAACCCUGGACGGGAAGGGGUUGGCGCUGUUAUGACUCUGAGUUGGCGUGUUGAUUUUUACUUUUUUGGUGUAGGUUGGUAGCUGUAGUUGUUUUUCAAUUUCAAAAAAUCACCUAUAUUCUAUUCCAUGGAAGAUGAGUACGGGAAUAAUUACAGCCAAAGCCAAAGUGAAAGUACACCCACUUCUAAUGUCACGCAGCAAAGACGGAUUUGUGCAGAAAUUACGCCUACAUGGACAAGACUCUAAGGCUGAUUUGUUCGAACGCAGCUGGCAUGAAUAUUUGGGUUUGGGAUCGUUGUCAACGACUUCACUGGACCCCCCUCUCAUUUUCGAGGAAGAAGCUGCUACCUAUGGCAUACUGGAAUGUCUUUUCGCAUUGGCUCUCGAACCACUUACUGGUAAGGCUCUUGUCCUACUGGAAAAUGACAUCCACAGAAUGAUUUGACUUCUGCUCGAUGUCCUAAAAGAGAUAUUCUUUUCACUCUUCUUGCAUUUCGAAAGUUCGAGAAGAAAGAGACCAUGCGGCUGUGAUGAAUGGAUAAGUUCAUCUUCUCUACUGUCUAUAUCUGAAAAAAGACACGUAGAAGUUGUGACGGUAAUAUCUGCAAUAGCCAAAUACUACUACAACCUCCACCCGUCGACAACAUGUCUCUAAUAUCGUGCCUAAUUCUAUGGUUCCUGCACUCUUGCGGCUGCGCGCUAGACGAAAUCAGACGCGCGAAAACCGACGUCGGGCUCAAACGGUAGAUGUGAACGAUUUUAUCCUGGAUCUGCAAGAUGAGAUGCACUACAGUGAAUGGGAUGCCGAAAUGCAACGCAGCAGCAGCGGCCAUCGCAACGGUGCCUUGAACACGACGAAUCUACAUGGCGAAAAAUCGCUGAGAAAGAGACACGAGGCAAGAACUACGUCUUCAAGAGGAGAAGAAGGAGGUGCAUCUAGAUUUCUUUUUUAUGGUACAACUGGUGGUCACGAUGAAAAUCAAAAUACCGAAAAUGCGGAAGAACUUCUGGAAACUACUGGAAAGAGCAAUGCAGUCGACAUGUCAGAUGACAUCGAGAAUCGCUCAACUGAUGUUGAAGAUGGGGAUUGGUUUACUACCACGUCAGCGGAAGAACAGGACGCCAACUUUCAUCCGGGAAGCUCGUCGUCGUUAUUGGAUGAGUUAUUGUCACCUCCUGCCUAUGGUGCGGAAGAUGAAGAUGCACAACACAUGGUUGAUUGCCAUAAUUAUACGAACAGAAUCCAUGAGCAAGAGGAUAGACCGGCGCAUGAGGGUAGAAAUAGUCCUACUGGUCGGCAAGAGCGGAGAGAGCAAGACCUCCAACAAGAAGAACAAGACGGGGAAAGAAGACAACCAACAAGCUGGAGCGCAGGCUCGGGCACAACAACGACGUCGAGAGGCUUGGAUGUAGAUGGGAAAGAGGCCACAUCGGAGCGCCUUUUGUCUGUGCGCGAAAUGCAAGAUUUGCUCAAAGGUGGACUAUCUUGUUCGAAGAACAAUUUUAGCAAUGCGAUUGCGACGAAUGGGAACGACACGACCGCACGCGAACACAACCACACCUCUCCAGCGCAGUCCUCUGUACAUGCAGUUGUGAGAGCUUGGGCUGAUAAGCUCGAACAUUUGCAAUGUCUCGUUUCCUGCAUUCAAAAUUGCGACAUAACCCUAAGCCCUCUAUGGGACGCGGAAUGCCUCUCCUUGGAGCGCCUGGCAUUGAAAAUGAGAACGACUGCUGAAAAUGGAGUAGGAGUUGUUGAUCAUGCUCAACCUAUAUCAAAUCAUGAAGUAGGUCUGGGUGGCAGUAGUAGCAGUAGUAGUGUAGCUCGAAGUCUUUCAGGAUCUUGGCGGGUCCUCGCUGAGACUCUGGGGACGAAACUUCGCGAGUUCCACGAUGACCUUGAGAGGAAAGAUUCCAUCGAAUUCAAUCAAGAUUGUCGGGUGCGCUUUUUACGAUUUGCUCGCGCACGCGCACAACCGUUCCUUAAACUACACGCGGCCUUGAAUGACGUUUUGGCAGAGGUCACAUAUCACUGUCCCAAUCUUUACGGACCCGAAGCAGAAGUUGUGCUGAUUCGAGCACUCCGCUCGCUCGCUGAGCUCGAUUAUGCCUGUUUUGGAGAUUUUUUCGUACGCCUUUAUGACGACGCAACAUCUUUACUUCAGCGCUGGAACACCUUUGGCGAGACGGAGCUACGUCAAGGUAUGAAGAGGAAAAACUUACUUAUUCUCAUACUUUCAAACUAGGCUGGUUCUAGGUGGGAAAGUGCCUUCUUUUUUGAGUAUGAGUACGCUUUUUCCUUUCAUACGAGGCGCCCACCCUUUGAUCGAAGAAGUGUUUGGGCGCGACGCAUGUCGGGGAGGCGAAAUUGUGAAACUGCGUCUCUGGUUAGACGAAAAGUGUCGAAAAAAUCCUUUCAAUGCCACAACAAGUUCUACUUGUGAUGGAAGAAGAAUAUCAAGUUGUAGAAGGAAAACUUCUCUGGCGGGUAUAAGGCAGUUGCUUCCACCCAGUCUAGUCUUGCGGAAAUAUGAAAGAGCAACCCUAAAGGAAGCCUCACGAGUCGCCGCCGUGCAGGGGAAGUGCUUGAUGGAGAGUUUGAUGCACCCUACGCGUGGUCCACUACGAAUCGUGCUUCGCGCUUUACAACUCGUGGCGCUUUGCCAGCAAAAGGACGCAGGAGAGGUGCUUAUUUCAGCGAUCAAAGGCUCCAGUCAUGGCAAUUACGGCUGAUUUCAAUUUCGAACUGUUCAGGGCCAAUUGAUUUGUGUAUUUGCUUGCUUUCACCGUCACCCAUGGCAGCUACUCAAAGUGUCACUGACAGUUCUCUGUAACAAGAAAAUAGCUUGUUGUUCAUCUAGAUUUACUAGAGCAAAUAGAGCAUUGAAGAUUAGGUAUGUUAAAUUUUCACACCUCUAAAGACAUACAGGCGUUGUGUCAUCAUUAUCUACUGCCAAACUGCAGAAGGUCUUAUCGCAGAUUGCAAAUGACAUGCCACAAGUGUCAAAACCGAAGUUCUCCUCCACUACAACUAGUACCACUGCUAGAACUAGUGCUAGUGCUAGUACUACUUCUACUGCUGCCGAACAAAUAAACCUGACUUUUCGUGAAGACAUUUUGCUUGACCACCGAGCGAUUCGAGAAUGCGCUAGAAAUCUGAUUCUCCGUGAACGAGCUGGCGAAGGUGGACGAGAUCAGGUAGAGCAUGGCGACGACACUAGAAGGAGGAGAACUACGGGGAGUGAAUGCUUGCCUACCACCUCUAAGUCUAGAAAAACACAAGGGCAAGAGCAAACUAGCCUGCAUUUGCAGUGGCGAGAGCAAAGGAUACCUGGGUUUUGUACUCCAUUACAGAUGGCGACUUAUUCGCGAAUUUUCAGCUUUCUCCUGGACUUGAAAAGCGCGAGACAAACAUUACUAGAUACCAAUCUUCUGGUAGCCCUGAGAACGCGAUGUAGCGGUGCCGCUGAUGAACGAUUAUGUUGGUGUGUAUUUUACGUCAGUUACUUUUUUUUUGUAGCGGGGAUGAGUGAGUUCAAAUCGCAGUUCAAGCUCCCACGUACGCAACGUGACUUUGAUUUGAUGUUUCUAGUAUCUUCCGCCCUAUAAAUAUUGAUCUUCCAGUCAUCAAUUCAUCUAUGUUUCUAAUCGUAAUCUCCAACCUUCCUAUAAUUGAGUCAUCCUCCAUUCUAUGUUUCUAAUUUGUACCCUGAUCCAGUCAGUGAGCCUUCUGCGUGCAGAGAUGUUGCAUUUUGUUACGUCUCUAGAGUCAACGAUGAUGUCACGAAUUUCCGAAUGUGCACGCGAAUUCGACAAGAAACUUCUUAAUAAGGGAGUAGAGGAGCAACGUCUUCAAGAAAAGAGACAACAAAUAGGACAUGUUCAACAAGAAAGUAGGCGACAAGUAAGACAUGUUCAACAAGAAAGUAGGCAAGAAGGACCUCUUGAACAAGACAGUAGACAACAAGGACCUCUUCUUCUUCAACAACAACAAGCAGAAAGCAAAAAAGGGGCAGGAGCGUGCCGAAGUGGUUCUGAUACUUUCUUGGAUGAGAAUGCUCCUUUCUUGGAUGAGAAUGCUCCAGUCUUCGACUUCGCAGCACUACAACAAUCGCACUCAGACUUCUUAGAGGGCCUUCUUCAAGCGACGCUUCUCUCAGAUGAGACCUUGGUCGGCGACUUAAGGGCGCUGCUGCACAUCGCAGUCUCCUUCGUACACAGCUUCUCGCAGUCUGCACGUAACAUUAUGCAAAGAACUAUAACCAAAAAAAAACUACUCACCCUCAGCUACUUAAAAAUUUUUAGUCACCUUAAACUACCUAGAUUUACUAGCUAGCUAAUUAGAUAAUAGACGGAGGACAUCUGCAGCUGGCAGCAAGAGGACCGGGUCUGGGAGACGCAGACGAGCGAAGGUGGCCAAAUAUACAGGCGUACCCCACAAGAAAAUGAUCAUGGUUGAAGGUGUCUAGGAAGAAAUAGUGAUAUUUGUGGUCGCGUGGAUCCACCUCGCAACGCACAGGACUUUUAUCGUUUUCUGCUGUAGAAUGGAGAAGAAGUCAAGAAGAAACGCAUGAAGUGAAGAUGAUGGGAAUUCUUUUUUUCUGGAUGGUUGAUGGAGGUGUCUAUCUUCGUGCUGAUGAAUCUGCUGCAUGUUCGGAGCAAAGAUCUGCGGCGUCACUCGUGUUUUUUCUGCUGUUCUUUCGAGUGUUGCUAUUGAAGAACUCAAAGUCGAUCGCCCUUUGUUGUUCGGAAGUUCUGCUUUUUUCGAUGGAUGAUGUAGAAAGUUCGCUGGUCGAAAUCAUGGGCAGAUGGUGCCAAGUGUGGCGGUUGGUGUAGCAUGUAGUUUGGCCAUCAAGAUCGCAGGUUGCUAGUUGAGAACUUGAGCAAAGACUCCGCUAUAAUCCUUCCCGGUAGCAGAUCCCGUCUAGUAAGCUUUGGCAACUACUAAGCAUCAUUCGCAUAAGUCGUCUCUCAGUCAGACAAAUCCUUGAAAAUGAGUCUCCAGUGGCAAGGGAAGACCAACUUCGCGGGUGAGCGCAAGCCCACUCGGCAGAAAAUUGCGAAGGAAGUAUCAGCCGCUUUUGAGCUGCUUAUUCCGGACAUGCAGCCGGCGUCUUUGCGCUACAUGCGUGACGUCCUCAGUGACAAGCUCGACUCCAUGGAGGCCCCGGAGCGCCUUCUGGGCAAUUUUGUCUUCCAGGGAAACCAGUUCGCAUUGGAGGGCACUCAUAGCUUCAGGAUCAGAUGCUUACUACUUGCUGGACACUAUUCGGAUAACAUCUGCAAAGCAUGCGCUUCGUCAUUCUUUCAAGCACGGGAGCGAUAACUCACUCGGCAAUGAUCUUUCUCUGGCCACUUAGUGGCGCCGUCUUUAUUUCACACUUGAAGAACUUAUCUCCGUAUCGUCAUCCCUCGUCACAGGCUGGGCCGCGGUUGAUUUGAAGCACAACCUGAAGUGGCUGAGUAUCACUACCGGAUGGAAACCGAACCGCCUCGCCCGCAUCGUCAAAACCUCUAAAAUUGCUGCCGCGGUGUACGCGAGGAUCGGAAUCGAUGAGAAGAAGGUAUCUCCAGGUUACUUCUAGACUGGGGGCUAGUGAUGGAUGAAGACAAGGCAUUGAGCUGUUGACUAGUAGCAGGAGGGGAAUUGACAGGGGACCAGAUGAAUCUAAAAUAGUCUCAAGAUUUCUACUCCAACGAUUCCGCCUUAAAAUCAUCUUGCAGCUGCCUCCUGGUCCGACUGGUGGCCCUGCAACCGAGCAGUCCUGCUUAGAUGAGAUCCAGGAAAUGUCCAACAAAGCCCCGGGUGCUCUGGUCGAUAUCCUCUCGAAGUUGGAGCAGAUCGCUGAGAACAAGAGCGCUGAGCUGCGCGCCCGCCAGUUGGAGAAUCCUGUUGAGCCCGACUGCAUCGUGGUCAACAAUGGUCCGGCCUUGGCUCUGACAAAUGCGCCUGGCCCUUCGGGCUCUACUGCUCCACCCACGGCGAUUGUUGCCGAGGACAGCCAAAAGAAAAAGAAGAAGAAGGUAACUGCUAGUCUUUAGAGUGAUAAAAUCAGUUCCAGAGGAAAGCAGCUUCUUACUAUUACCUCACCCCCACUAUACCACCUUGAUAUCUUUGUUGUAAAUCUGUACAGGAUAAGAAGGAAGACCGCAAGGCUGCUUCUCCGAUGGUUGCUGGAUAUCGCUCUCGCUCUCAUGGUCGUGCCCCUCCCGCUGCUGGCGCCAAGAACUCUGAGAAGGCUGACGCCGUUGGAGCUACCUUGUUCCAAGCUGCUGAUGAGAAACAGUCCCUGAGCAAGAUCACUCCGGCUGGUUCGGCUUCGCCGCCCAAGCCGAGCUCGGUAGAAGAGGCUCAUGCCGUCGCGAAGGCGACCGUCAAUCUGUCCCGCAAGAUCAAGUCGACCCGCCUUUUGCCGGGCGCUUGUGGUGAUAAUCUGAUGGAGGUGACCUACGAGGAUGGCCAGAAGACGACUAUCGCUGUUCCGAGCGUCUCUCCCAAGAAGUCUGAGGAGUCGCCGACCAAACCCGACGAGGACAAGCCCAACACGGACGCCAAGGCGAGCGAGACGUUGGGUGAGGCCUCUCCUCCGAAGACCAAGACCUUGGACUUGGGCUUACAGACUCCAGCUCCGAAAGCGGUCUUGUCGGAGUCCUCCUCUUCUGAUGAUGAUGCCGAGGAAGAAGAAGGAGACGAGUCGUCCGAUUCCAGCAGCUCCUCUGAUGUGCCGAUGGCCACAGCCGCAAAGAACGAAUCGCAGGUCAUGACGGAGUCCCAGUCCGCGGUGGCGGAGACCACCGCGCAGGCCUCGUCCAGCGCCGCCGCCACGGGUCUCGAGGACAUUGCUGCGAUGAUGGAGGGUUAGGAAGGUGCUAGAGAGUACUAGGGUAGUCUACUUGUAGACCAAUACCAUCCACGGGAGUGAUCGUUUUGACCAUCUGAGUGCAGAACUAGAAACCAACGUAGCAGAACCAUUCUCGACCAUGGAGAAUUUAUAUUGAAGAAAGAAGUUUACUCAAAAUAAAACUAUAUCCAGAAGAUUUGAAAUUAGUGGCGCUAAUAUGCGGCCACAUCGUCAGUGUUGUGACUAUUCUUAAUAAUUUCGAGUUAUUUGAUCGACGACCUCACUUGUGUUUCUAGUCGUGUCCACGGGAAGCAUUUGGGUAAGUAUUUGCCUGUGAUGAUUUCCGAACUGUACAACCAAUUCACUUUUUAAAUAUUUCUAUUGAUGGAAAUGAUUGAAGCUGGUGGCAUAGCAAGAACCUACAUGAGAAAGUUUAUAACUAUUGCAAGACUCAAAACGAUUUGGAUCAGCGUGAGGCACUAAGAACUUAUGGAGCAUUAUCAUGAUGAGCAAAAGGGGUCUCAUGUUAAGAAAGGGAUGGGAUUUUCAUAACUUCCACUGCAAGUGAAACAAGAACGACUGAAGUCGCAGGGAUUGACCACUUCAAAAACUACGAUGUGAUCGCCUGAAGCAGCGCGAUGACCUAAACAGCCACCUGCGGCAGUGUCGGCAUUGUCUUGUCUAUUCCUCGCCUCGAUGUCGUCUUCGGGAGGGUUCGCCACAGAUGAGAGUGAGAGACUGAGAGAUCGAAACUCGUCGAAUCUCCCCAGUAAAAGCUAUAUGGUUGCACCCUGAAAAAGGAAACAGCAAGAAAGUGCUGCCUUAUGAUAGAGCUGAAAAAAGAGAACUAAUUGUAGCGAUGAUUAUCUUUUGAUAACAAGGUGGCAAAAGAUCACAGUGAAGAAAAAUGACUAAAGUGCAGCUCGUAAGCAAUGGCCAGCUCCGCCUCCGCUAUCUUUUGCCGGCGAAUAAGGCAAAAAACUUCACACGGUCUGACUUUCCGAGCGCCGGCUGGGGAGAGAAGUGGAAAGAAUUUCGGCGGGAUGAAGGCGCUUUCUCUUCUGAGCAUUGUGAUGCUGAUGCAGGGCGCGUGUAUGACCAGUUCGGGUUCGAAGCGGUACUGUUUCACGUUUGAGCUUCGUUUCAAGUAUCUACUCUGCAACGCCGAAGAGGUUGGCAAAAUGAAACUACUGCACUCUGAAACGCUCACUCGUCCUUGUUUUUCAGUAGGGCGCCACGUCGUGCGCAUUCUUCUCCUCUCUCAUCACAAACGACGCUGCCUCCUCCAGGUUCUUUUCAUGCGGUGCAUCGUCAAGCAUGACUGCAAGAAGCACUUGACGCGGCACUAUCUGGAUAACCACGUCCUGAAGCCAUUGAAGUUCAAGUGUGACGAACUUGAUGAGAAGCGUGUGGAGAUCGCAAAGAAAUUCGACGCGUAUUACUUCGGAAAAGGCAGCGAAGACAUCAGUGGGCACUUCAUGAAGGUGAGCAAAAUCUUUAAGCCUCCUUCACGGUGGAGGGUUAGACUGAAGAACUCAAGCUAGUUGGUAGUACUAGAAACUUUACAAAUUGAGCAGGGCUUGACUCCUGUGGGUCUUCAUUCAAGACCUUGCUGCUUCAUGGUGGAGGUUCUUACGCAAGUAGCUUGCUCCUCAAACAACUUCAGCCAUAACUUCAGAAAAGUACUCUUGUGGGCCUUUUGAACGUCGUCUACUUCAUCGGACGCCUCGCAAACACGAUGCGGAUCCCUUGGAUCAAUCACGCCUCAGACCAGCUUGAGUGGCAGAAGACGCUGGCCCUCCAAUGUGAUGGCUCGAUGAAAGGAAAGGAGAAGAAAACAAACUCGCUGGCAUUCCCUUACUUCUUCUAUGGGCGUCUAUGAUGUUGUCGCUUGGUGACGAUUGAGCAGCUGCGCAUCUAAAGAGUGACGCUGUAAAUUCUCCUUCUUAAAAAAAUGACCGCGGUCAUUUUUUCAGAUGCACCGACGAGAACUGAUCUUCUAACUUCUCCACCUUAAAGAAUAGCACUCCAUCCUCGACGCCUAAUCUACCACCAGAUUUACAUCCUCUGCUACGAUAGAAUUCGAGAGGGAUUCCGGACAUUUCUCCAUGCUUUACCACUUCAACGUCCGGGAGCUGGUGUCCAAAAAGGCGAAAAGUAUGGGAGUGCUGUGGUGAAAACGCAUGAAGCGCUCACGAAGUGGCGCUUCCUCUUUGGCGAGGCAUGGGUGAAGAGACAUUACCGUCCAGAAUUAUCGAAAGACUGGGAGCCGAUUUUAAUCUUGGACCAUGACCAGGAGGAAGCAGAAGCUAGAGGGUCAAACGCACUAGGUGACCACUUUCGAGUGGUCGGACGGCUGGGCCUCCAUCGCCGACUAUGGAACUGUGCCAACAAAGAAAAGGCUCUGACGCGGUUGAAGACGAACCUUCGAAACUUCUCAGGAGGAUACAUGGCUCGCCGUAGCUUGCGUGGUGGGUUCGAAUAUUGGAGAGGAGUUGCGGCUGAGGAGGCAUUACUGGAGGGCCUCAUAGACGAGGACUUGGAGCGGGAAAGCGGUGGCUUUACGACGGUCGAGGCCUUGAGACGAAGUACUGCUUUUUCUCCUUCGUUUGUUCUUGGCUUUGGAUCUUCUAUCUCUCAAGACUUUGCUCAAUUUGUUGCUUACGGUGUCGCUUACGGUGUCGCCAAGUUGUGGCUUACUGUGUCGCCAAAAAGACCCACUGAGGUAGUUUUUCCCAGGACGGUAUGAUUUGGAAAAACUACCUCAGCGAUUUAGCCCCAUAAGACUACGGAGGCAAAGCGAGGCUUUUACUUUCUGACGGCCAAAGUGAUUGGAUACUAGUGGGUCCACAGUCACAGAAGGACGUCCAAAGUGGCGGCUUCUAAUGUCGCCAACUUGAACAAAAUCGCGCAGCCUUCUGGACCCCCUACCAUGACCCCUAAAUAGUUCCAACUUCACAGCCAACCCCUUGACGUCGGUUGUUCGGAUGCGAUGGUGGGGAGACGAGUACGCUGCUGACUGGUCUCAGCGGUUCAAGUACCAGACCCGUCACGUCUUGCGAAGAAUGUUAGCUGGUGACGCAGCUCGAAAGCGGGCAAAGGUCCACCCUGGCGAGCAGCUUCUGCCUUGUGGCCCCGAUGAGACUCAAGAGGAUAUCGAUGUUGACCAACUUUUCCCGGCAAUAGCUGAGUCGGUCGAUGACGGCACGAUCUUGGGCCAAGAGGAUCCGCAGGCGAUGGUGGAAGCGGAUGCACAAGCAGACCAGGACGAGGGAGAGCAAGGUGAGGCGGGGGAGGACGCUUUAGUAGUCUCCGGGAAUGACACUGGAGAUAGGAGGAAAAUCCAAGACUUGCUGGACGCAGUUGAGGACGCAAUCCGCUUAGAAGACUCCAUCGCCCACUAUCGUGAAGCUCAUGCUCUUCCUUUUGCGUUUCAUCUGCUGCGUCUGAAGAUGACUUACGGACAGCAAUAUGAUGAAAAACAUGGACAGAGGAUGGAGCCGCUGACGCACAUGCUCCCCUACUUGUGUCUCGCUGGUGGAUUCCACGCUUUUCUGAUUUCUGUGGCGGAGAACUUCCACAAGGUCUUGCUCACAUCAAUCGUCGAGACCUUCAACAAGAUCUGGAACCAAGGCCAGCUUCUCCGCGUUGGUCGCUUCAUGACUUUGAUGACGCGCUUUCUGAUCUACGAGAUGUGGGACCCACGCUUCAGCAUCUUCGUCACGAUUUUACUCCGCAAGGAGGUGGAUCACCGAGUGAAGAUGCGGCGCCCUGGGGUGUUUGACUUUCGAGACCAUGGCCAGGUGCGCAACUACCUCAUCUACCUCCUGGAGCAAGGAGAGAAGAGUCUGGCGAAAAAAAUAGUGAAGCGCGUGGCAAUUUCUGGCCCAACUUCGGACUCAGAAGGUGAAACGCCGUGGCGGUGGGUAAGCUGCGUCGCGCAGCGCAUCUUGCAGCUAGCUGGACAAUUUCGCAUGUCGCAUCAAGUGCUGCAGUGGGCAAAAGCAGCUGCCCUCUUCGAAGAGCUUCCACGGAUAGGCUCGCCGUCUUUGGAGAAGCCGGCGGACGUCGUGUCUUUUCGCAAGAAGUUGCACGGCCUCGGUUCAGAGGAGGAGCUCAAGAAAGCUAUCCUCGAAGAACACAAGAAGAACAAAACUACUCUCUCCUCCUUCAGACAAGUGGAGGACUUUCCUGCUGCUAUGAAGCUCCCAGAAGACUUCGAUGUGAUUUCCGAGAAUCUCAAGAAGAGCGCGAAGGACUCUUCUAAGUGCUGCCACCCCAUGAACUACUACGUGCCUGGCCUCGAGGUGAUGGCAUUCAUGCAGGCGGUGAAGCAUGAUGACCAGGAGCACUUUCAGCUGUCUCGCCGACUCGGUCAAGUGAUUGACAACAGCUGGCGUCUGAGACAGUGGCGCAAAUCGGAUAAGCCUUUGAUCGCCUUUGACUUCGAGGAUGGAGUCUGGUACUACAUCGCGGAGAUCGAAGGUCUGCACUGCGGCUUUGUGAUGGAGGUGGAUGAAGAACGCGCUGAAGUUGUACUGCGCAAGCCGAAAGAUUGCGUUGAGCCUGUUCGGGCAGGCCUCUCGUUAAACCUUCACUUCUUGAUGGACUACCAGUGCACCUUCAGAGGUGGACACUUCGGAGCAUCAUACCGAUCGCAAGUCUUGCAUCCGUGGCAUGCAGUCCGAAAAUGCAUCGACAGCAUCCCGUGUGAUCUACUUCUGCACGCCAUCCGCUGGCUUUCGGAUAUGAAGAUCAAUGUCGACAGCGAACCGCCUGAAAAGUUGAUGCGGUCGACACUUCGCGAAAUCCUCACAGCUGCAACGGACGACGACGUGACCCAAUUUUUUAGCGAGAUGAUCAACGGCGACGUGCAUGACUUGGGACAGAUGGGCCGCGAGGUGAAGCGGCGAAAGAUCGGCCACGGCGGGACUGGAUCGCGUGGCGAGAUGCCUGACAAAUCCACCAGGAGGAAGCUGGGCUUCGUGAAGAACGAACGAAGCUGGGAAGGAGUGUGCCAGACUUGCAGCAGCGUUGUUUUCCGUGUGCACAAAAGCGAGAGGCGAGCCACGGAGGCAGGCCGCUAUCUGUGCAUUCGGUGGCCACGCACAACGAAGUGGGACAAGGAUGAAAAGCGUCCACAGUCGUCAACUUUCUGGGCGGCAAAGGAAGAAGCAGUUGACGUGAUCCAGAAAGUCCUCCUCAGCCCAGGCGCGGGAAAACAUGCACAAACUUGCAACUGCGUCAGGCUGAAGGUGCUGGUGGUGGACUCCAAGGGGAAGCAGUCGUCUCCGGCAAAAUCUGGCGCCGCGAAGAAUGCGAUAAACAAGUCCCUCACGGAAGGGCUUCAAGUGUCAGAAGAAACGGCAGAUCGCGAGGCCCGGUUGCUUUCGCGAAUCGAAGAAGAACCAUCCAGCGUGGCAGGUGAGUAUAGAUACUAGAUAGCUAAUCACUCUCGACUGAAAUGGCUGAAAUUAAAAAUCUUGGUCUACAUGUGCAGAUCAUGCAGUGCAUAGCGCCACCAUCUCCCAUCAUAAUCUCAAACAACAAACAUCACGCGUGAGCUCAUACUUUCUGACUUCAACUAACUCCUUCGAACUAUCAACAGCGUAGAACUGAAACCAAACUACAACUGAAUCGCCUCCGCGUACAAGUCGCAUCAUUUUCAUCGUUCAAAGAAAUGCUCCCUGCUCGUCAUGUUCUGCAGAUCGUUGCUCAGUGUCAUUCUGUGCCGAAUACUGGCACUACCUCGCCCUUCAAAUUAUGAUCAUCCCAUCUACAUCAACGUGCUCCCAACUUAAAUAGAUCGAAAGCAACGCCGAGUCAAUCGACGCAGCUAAGCUCUUCCUUCAACGCCAGACUGACCAGGCCACUACUAUAAAUCACAUCCGUCAAAAUGUCUUGAAUUAUAAUGCAGCCCAUUCGAGGCAGAUCGAGAAGCUUCAGAAAGUGCAAAGCUGUGAAUGAGCUAUCUAAUCGCGACACCUAUACGCAGAAGCUCCCAUGCUGUUACUGAUAGGGUUCCAGAGUGAGCAGUGAGAUCCUUAUCGCCUUGGGUCGACCCGGAGAGGUCUCGAAGUCUGCUUGCUCUGGUGGAGCGAUGUUCUUGUCUGUAGUCGAUAUGGCUGGGUAUUGGAGUGACAGAGAGACGCUCGCUCCAGUCCAUUACUCUGAUCGUAGUGCGUGACGAACGAGAGCUCUCAAGCGUCACGCCUUUUCUAAGAUAGCGGCCAGGGUCUUCUUUACUCUUCUCCGCUCCUCUUCUUCAUUAGAUCCAUACCCAACAAAAAACUCAUCGACCCACUCUUUACGAGGGUUCAUCACGUAUGGUAGACCACGAGGAUAAGCUGUCAAAGUUUUCACCCACCUGAGUCAAGUAUUUGCGUUUGCGUUUUUUGAUGAAUUGGAAUGCGACUGAGUUCUACUGGCUAGCAUCACACACACCUUCCACGAUUGCACAUAGGAAACGAGUUGAUUACAUAUUUCAGGGGGGAUAAGGAUGUGCUUGCCUCACUUAGGGAGUUGCAUGAGCAACGAGCUUAAUUGAGAGACUAUCAGAAAAUGGCAUCGAUCGAAGCUGUAGCGCCUUUCGCUGGCAGUCCUUGGCGCAUAUCCAUACCUGGCGAGUUCAGCGAUGGGAAUUGCGAAGCUUCCCCUAAGGUACAAGUCGGCUGGGUCUUCGGAUUGACGUAUAUGCAAAACGAACAAGUCCAGCUCCUCUGCAUGGUAUCCGUCGCCGUUUUUCCUAUGGUAUUUCGUUAUUUAUGUGGUCGCCAAAUGCAGUCUUUAUUUGAGGCACUGCGUAGUUGUUGAAAGAUGGCGGCUACUUCAAUUAUUUGCUUGUAGUUGAACUCGUUUCAGUCCUACGCUUCUGUACUAAGUAGCGCACUCGGGUAGUUCUUCUGUGCUCCAUGACGAAACCCAUGAAAGGAAGUGCCUACUUGUGCUGACGUGUAGCCCGAUAGUCUUGCCAGAGUUAUUCUUCUUGAACUUCAUAGUUCUCUCCUGGCAUCUCAGCAGGCGGCCAGUUUUACACCGCAGAACGCCGUCUCGUGCUGUGAAGCCUUGCUUUGCGUGCUCGUAUUGGUGCCCCAGAUUUGCUAGGGCUUCAGCGAAGCUAGCCCUGCUGGUUGUUUCCACGUAUUGGUUGGGGGAUGUGGCCGCUGCUUGGCAGAAAGAUGCCGCGCAUAAGGUGCUACUCCUUGCCCAGAUUUCCCGCAAGUGGUCGGCCAAGUGUUCCCGCUUUACCCACCACCGGCUGUGCUCCAGGUCGACGCUGUCCCACGCCGUAUGUUUGUUGAUUUCGAUGACCAAUACUCGUCGCCUCUUGGAAGUGAGGCCUACUAGAGUCAGGCUAUGGUAGGCUUGGCGCUUUGUUCGUAUCUUGUGUUUUAUUUGCCGCAACCAAGGACCAACCUCUGACUUGCUCCCCUUCACUUGGAUCGGCAGCAAGCGUCGACUACGUCGUGCUGGGGGGGCUGGGCAAAUGGCAAUGUCUGCGACUGCUUCGGGUGUCUGCUCCACGUGCAGACUACCUUCAACCAAGGUAGUCAGUGUUUCAAUCGACCACUCCUCCACUCGUCGCGGGUUGUCGCCCAUUCCUUAGCCGAUGUGAGAGACAUAUGCUUUGGGCGGUCCUCCAUUGAAUCAAACUAGAGAAAUGCAAUAGACAGUAGUCAAGUCUUGAGUCUUUCACUCUCAGGCCCUGAGCUUCUUGCUCUGGAGUUGGAUGCGGAUAGUCUUUGAAGUUACUUAGUCAGCUGGGGCUUACUUAUGGAGCUGCAUCGUCAUAAUUCUCUUGAUCGCUUGACCCACAUACUUGCUAUUCAGGUUUCUGCGUGCUUGAUUUGCGGUUGUAAUUUGCGGACUUGGAUCGAGGACCAUUUUCAGGACCGGCUGGAGUCGGAUCGGUGUUAUCGCGUUGCGAGGUGGAUCCACGAGACCAAUGCGCCACAUAUUUCUUUCUAGAUCUACCUUCAGCCAUGUCAGAUUCUUGUGGGCUUGGCCUGUAUUAAUGUCCAACGACCUUCGCCUGCCUCUCCGAGUCCUGGUCCUCUUGCCUCCGGCUGCAGAGAUCCUCCGUCAACUACUUAAUUAACUAGCUAUUGAAGCUACCUAGUUUAACAACAAGAGAAAUUUUUAAGUAGCUGAGGGUGAGUAGUUUUUUUUUGGUUAUAAGAACAAGAUUGAGCUUAUUACGUUUUGCGUGGUAGAAGACGUUUUGACUUGUGCCACGUAUUCUAUGACUACAACGUGUAAAAAUAAGCAGCAAGCUACAAGUUUAUGUUCUUUUGUAAAUAGCAGUACCAGUUGUACCAUAACCAUAAUCAUGGGACCUUAGUUAGAUGAUAGUAUUUCGUUUUUGAUGCAUCCGUUCAGUUUCAGCGUUUCUUAAGAAUUAUUUUUUAGUUUCGUUAUAGUCCUUCUCCUUUGUAUUCGUUCUAAUUUUCCCGCCGCCUGGUGGGUCCGACAGAGCGUGAAAACCACUCAGUAUCGGAAGGAGUUCCGCUGUACGUUGACGUUCGUGCUAAAACUCUUGAAAUUUUCAAUCGGGCGGAAAGAUAUUCAAGCCAUCAACCUCUUUCAUAAGCUGAACGGGAACGGCUUCUACAUCUAGGGAAGUCGGAAGUAGAACCUUGCAUAAGCAGCGCAAAGGUGAUACGCGUAGGUUCCACCUCUAGAAGAGGAAGUACGGUCCACGCAUGUACUUAAGCAGAAGGGUUGAAGUACAGGCUCGACAUCAAGGUAGAAGGAGAACCUCUAAGCAAGGGAGGCUUACAACUACAUCUAGAAGAGGAAGGGGAACCGAAGCUACGAGUUCGACUAGAAAGAUGUGGAGGACGGGUAAGUGGUGCCCAGGUGGCUUCCAUUUCUAAUUACUCUGGAGUGGGUGCACUGAUACGUAAGAAAAUGUUCCUUGUGUGUAGAAGAUUGUGCUCCUGGUGCUGUAGUUGACUACAGCAAAGAGGCCCUAAAAGUUCUACUCAGCGCAUUGGAUAUUGCUCCUCGUAGUUUGUCAGACUCAGACAGCACUGGUUAGUGCUGACCCUAAGAACAUCGAAUGUUCUUCUUCUUCUUCAUCUGGAGGCUGCGCCUAGCCCAGGGAAUGUGCCAGCGAGAUGACACUGGUCACUUUUAUUUUGUCGUGUUGGAUAAUUGAACUCACCGUCGGUACUCGGCAAGUGGCCCUUUUCUUUUGAUGAAGACUGUUUAAGGUUUGACGCCCUUCAUGCCCUUAAGGUUUGAUGCCCUUAAGGCAGUCCGCACUGAACUUUGUGCGAGAUUAAUUGCAUUGUAUUGCAUCUCGCAACAGCUACGGAGAUACAACUUACUACAGAUCGAUGUACUGAGGAACAUUGAACCUGUCAUGAUCGGCUGUGAUGUACACUGAAGAUACUGAGACGCGAGUGCCGAGAAGCUGCAAUGAAUUUGACUUGAUGACUUAUCAAGUAAUAUUGAUGAAGGAGUUUUAUAGUUGUAGUACUAGUAGAAUGAAUGAACAGUAUGAAUUCUCACCAUAGUCGAAGAUAUUAAGGCUUGUUGGACACUGUUGCUAAAAACGAAGAUAAAGAAGCAUCGCCACUAGUUGUAUUAGUAGUGGAUGAGAAGCAUUAUUUCUCAUCUGACAAUUACACUCUUCUGUGAUGUUGACAAUGAUGAGGAAAGAAACAUCGCUUUGAACCGAUUACAAUUUAUUAGAACUACUUGAUUAAUACAAUUUAAGGUAAACCGACCAUGGUUGUAAGCAAUUUACUUGUUCGGAGUUUGCUUGGCACGCUGCGGGUGCGGGUCGCAUCUUCAAGG